UUAAGAGGAAAGAAAUAUGAUAAGAGACACGUUGAGCUGUUUACAGACCUUAGGAGUCCUGUCAGUGAGGAUCAGCUGGAAAUUAUCAUUGCUUCCUUGAAGAAAACAGGAAUUUCACUUCAGUUUUUUCUGCCAUUUCCAGUGGAUGCUGAUGGUGGAAGUGCAGAUACCAGUGCCAGUGUACCUUCUCAUAUGCACAGAAACUCUGCUCCAAGAAAGUGUUUAACUAAACAACAGAAGCAAGGCAUUGAUGUGGUGAGGAAACUCAUGUAUGCUUUGGAUGGAGAAGGAGGGCUGGAAGAAAUUUAUACUUUCAGAGAGAGCCUGGAACGUCUUUCCAUGUUUAAGAAAAUAGAAAGAAGGCCUGUGGCUUGGCCCUGUCAGCUCACUAUUGGUUCUGAUUUGUCUAUAAGGAUUGUGGCCUACAAAUCAGUCACAGAAGAGAAGGUGAAAAAAGUUUGGACAGUUGUGGAUGCCAAAACCCUCAGAAGAGAUGAUGUGCAAAGAGAAACUGUUUACUGCUUGAAUGAUGAUGAUGAGACAGAGGUUCAGAAAGAUGAUACUAUUCAAGGUUUUCGCUAUGGAAGUGAUAUAGUUCCUUUUUCCAAGGAAGAUGAAGAGCAAAUGAAAUACAAAACAGAAGGAAAAUGCUUUUCUGUUUUGGGAUUCACUAGAUCCUCUCAGGUCCAGAGGCAUUGCUACAUGGGCAACCAAGUUCUUAAGGUCUUUGCUGCGAAAGAUGAUGAGAAUGCAGCAGUUGCUUUUUCUGCCCUUGUUCAUGCACUGGAUGAGUUGAAGGUGGUAGCUAUAGUGCGUUAUGCUUAUGAUAGAAGAAGCAACCCACAAAUUGGAGUAGCUUUUCCGUAUAUUAAGGAUGCAUAUGAGUGUCUCAUCUAUGUGCAACUGCCCUACAUGGAAGACCUAAGACAGUACAUAUUUUCAUCCCUGAAAAAUAGUAAAAAAUACAUUCCUACAGCGGAUCAGUUAUCUGCUGUUGACUCACUGAUUGAUUCUAUGAAUUUGGUUCAUGAAGAUGGAGAAACUUUUGAGGACCUGUUUAAGCCCAGCAAAAUCCCAAACCCUCAUUUUCAGAGGUUGUAUCAG